AUGUCCAGGGUAGAAAUGGCAAGAGAUGGAAAUGUCAACACCAAUGACACAGCUAAUACGUGGUUUGGGCAGUGCCGGUAUACAGCAGAUGAAUAUCAGGCAGUUCAGGCCGCUCUGCGUCAGAGGCUGGGCCCAGAAUACAUCAGUAGCCGACAAGCUGGAGGAGGACAGAAGGUGUGCUACAUAGAGGGACACAGAGUCAUCGGCCUGGCCAAUGAAAUGUUUGGCUAUAAUGGCUGGGCUCAUUCUGUCACUCAGCAGAACGUUGAUUUUGUUGAUCUAAAUAACGGCAAAUUCUAUGUGGGUGUUUGUGCCUUUGUGAAAGUUCAGCUUAAGGAUGGGGCUUACCAUGAAGAUGUUGGCUAUGGAGUAAGUGAAGGCUUGAAAUCUAAGGCCUUGUCCCUUGAAAAAGCAAGGAAAGAGGCGGUCACAGACGGAUUGAAGAGAGCACUAAAGUGCUUUGGUAAUGCUCUUGGGAACUGUAUUUUGGAUAAAGACUACUUGCGCUCGGUGAAUAAGCUCCCCCGUCAGAUGCCUCCAGAUUUAGAUUUGGGCAAAGUCAAAAGGCAGGACUUUGAUCCUUCUAUAGAAAAGGCAAGAUAUAAUAGCUGCUUGCAGAAAGGAAGUGAAGACCAGAAAUUCUUUUCCUCGUCAACCCCUGGCAAAUCUCACAGGUUGGAUUCUCCCUUGAAUGCUAUUGGACAAAACAGGUCAGCAGCUUUGAACUCACUGCCCUUGGAUUAUGAUGCAACUCACCAUCGGAAGAUGCGACAGAAGCAGCUUCAACAGAAGUUCAGACAGCAGAUGCAGGUGAAGCAGCAGAUACAGUCAGAUGUUUCAGGUUGCAGAACUAAAGAUCAAGAGGCGUCCAUUCCCCCUGCCUUGGAAUGCAACUCUUCUGCACGACCAGAACCUGUCAUGGAUGAAGAAUUCCUUGCAGAUGAUCCAGAACUCUGGGACUUUCCUUUGGAAGCGACCGAUCACGAUGCAGCAGCUGUGCCAGCCCAAUGCUUACGGUCACCUCUUGGACAGCAUGCCAUGAUGACUCGCAGCCGAACCCCACAAAGAAUAAAUAAUCAGCAAUCGAGUAUAAAAUCAUCUUGGAAUCUGUCCUCCAGUCCCAAAUCUUACUCAUCAGCUGAACGUAGCCCAUACCGAAAAGGCCAAGGAAUGAAAAAGAGGAGACUGGAGCCUGCAUAGAA